CCAAUUUCCAAUAGCUUCUUGGAAAAACUAGUCGAGCUGCACUUGGGCCAAAGCAUUUGAACGACCGCCGGUUAUCACUCUCCCUCGGCGGCGAACUCGUUCCUUUCCGUCUCUUUCGCCGGCAACCUCACUCUUUUUCCGGUGAAAUCCUUUUCAGGUUCCUUUCUUCCUUUUGUGUUAGCUAUAGUUGUUCAAAAAGUUUUUUUUUUGUUGUUAAACUUGAAAAAGGAACCCUAAUUUUGAAGACGAGUAUAGGAUUUCACAUUCUGCUUUGUAGCUUUUCUUAAUUAGAAUUUUCCUAUGAAUAAUAACAACACAGUUAGGAAUGUUGGUUUAGGAAAUUCAGGGCCAAUGCAAAUACCUCAAUCUAUGCCCAUGAACCAUAAUCAACCAGCAGCACAUCUUUUCUCUCAGUCACACGCACAACGUGCGUCACAGUUCCCUGGCCAUUUUCAAUUAUCCGAACCACAAUCUCAACGUUCUCAUGCUCAAUUCCAAGGCCAAGCUCAGGCCUUUAGCCAUUUUAUCACUUCAGGGGUUAACACCAAUGUCUCAUCCCCUGCUACUUCCACACCCAAUACUACUGGGGGUACUAGAAAAGUGCUCCAGAGACCGACUUCUCGUGCUGGUGGUUCCUCUGGUCAUGGCCAAGCAACUGCUUCACCUUUAAAGACUAUGGAAUUAACCCCUGCUGUGCGUAGAAAAAAGCGUAAAGUUUCUGAUAAGUGUAUACCUGAUAAAGUGGCUGCGAAUUUGCCCGAAUCUGUGCUUUACUCUCAGUUGCUUGAACUCGAGGCUCGUGUAGAUGCUGCUCUUUAUAGAAAGAAGAUUGACAUGUUGGAAUCCCUUAAGGGUCCUCCGCAUGUCCAAAAGACCCUCAGGAUCUAUGUAUUCAACACUUUCGCAAAUCAGACACCACCAGCUGAUUCCGAGAGCAAAACUACUGAGCCACCUUCUUGGUCUAUUAAGAUUUUCGGGAGGAUCUUGGGGGGUGGGCCAGAUCGUCCUGCAUCUGAAAUGGAGCAGAAAUCGGGUGUUUCUUACCCCAAGUUUUCAUCUUUCUUUAAGAAAAUUACUGUUUACUUGGAUCAGAGUCUCUAUCCUGAUCACCAUGUAAUCUUGUGGGAUAGCUCUCGAGCACCAGUGCAUCAUGAUGGUUUUGAGAUUAAGAGGAAAGGGGAUAAGGAUUUUACAGCAAUCAUCAGACUGGAAAUGAAUUAUAUGCCUGAGAAAUUUAAACUUUCGCCAGCUUUGCAAGAGGUUCUUGGUAUUGAGGUUGAGACACGAGCGAGAGUUUUAGCUGCUCUCUGGUACUAUGUAAAAAGUAGGAAGCUACAGAUAUCCGAUGACACCUCCUCGUUCACUUGUGAUCCGCCUCUCAGGAAGGUUUUUGGAGAAGAAAAGUUGAAAUUUUCCCUGGUUUCCCAAAAGAUUAAUCCGCAUCUGACUGCCCCUCAACCUACUCAUUUGGAGCACAGGAUUAAGCUAUCUGGAAGUAGCCCAGCUGGUAACACUUGUUAUGAUGUACUUGUUGAUGUUCCCUUCACAUUGCAGAAGGAAAUGUCCACUUUCUUAUCUAAUUUAGAGAAUAACAAGGAGAUUGAUGCAUGUGAUGAAGCUAUUUCUACUGCUAUAAAGAAAAUCCAUGAACAUCAAAGAAGGCGAGCUUUUUUUCUUGGAUUUAGUCAGUCACCUGCUGAUUUUAUUAAUGCAUUAGUUGCAUCUCAAGCCAGAGAUCUUAAGCUUGUUUCUGGAGAUUCUGGCCGUGAUGCAGAAAUGGAGCGGCGUUCUGAAUUCUACAAUCAGUCUUGGACUGAAGAUGCUGUCAUCCGCUACCUGAACCGCAAGCACGCUUCUGGUACUGACCAUUCUGCAAGCAAAUAGGUCUUGUCAAGCCAUUUAGGACAAAAGGAUGUCCUACAGAAACUAGGGGAUCUUACAGCAGCUUACUAAUAAUCUGCUCAAGAGUAUUCUUCUGCUGAUGGCAAAAGAGUGUUAUUCAUUAGGGCUUGUAUGUGUUAGGGGUUAGUCAACUGCAUCCUAAGAGGAGAAGGAUAACGCGGAACUCCUGCGAGCAAAUGGUUACUCUCUGUUCUCGUCAUAAUAAUGUCACCCUCAUGAAUGCUUUGGUUGUAAUGGAUGGAGUACAAUUCACAGCAUUUCAGCAUUUUGUAGUUUGGCCAUUCUUGGCUUUAUGGUGUUUUUUUAGAUGUAUCUGAAAUAGGAAAUUGACCAUAACAAGCUCACUAUCAAGAGAAGUUUUUCUAGGCACGCAAAUGCUUUUUCUUUUGUAACCAAAAGUUCUUUUACUGAACCAAAUUGUACUCCAUCUUAUUGUAAUUGGUAGAAGGUUACUGGAUAUUCCAAUUUUAAUACUACUGUUAAGCGGAACGAAAAAAAAAGAGAUGAAAAUUCUACUAUGCUUCUUUUA